AUGGCUGAAAUCCCCUCCUCGUCUUCACUGGCCAAGGUGCCAGUGCUUCUACUCAAAACCAGGUCGUUACCGGGCGAUGCGUACGAGGACCUCUUCUCUCGCAAAGACAGCAGCUGGGAUUUUGAACCGACUUUCGUUCCCGUACUACAUCACAGCUUUCAGGAACAGGGCAUGGCGACGGUAAGGGACAUCUUGCAUCGCCGCGGUAUCAAUACAAGCACCGAUGCCUCGUACGGCGGCCUCGUCUUUACAUCGCAGCGAGCUGUCGAGGCAUUUUCCAGCUUGGUGGCAGAGAGGAAGAAGAAGAAGAAGGGAGAGGAGGAGGAGGAGACCGACGAAAAGUGGCCUCACCUCCAGGAUGUGCCGGUCUACAGUGUUGGUCCGGCCACCACACGAGCGCUCAAUUCAAUCUCACAACAACCGCCAUUGAAGAUUUUCGGAGAGCACACCGGCAAUGGCGAUGCCUUAGCCAAGUUUAUAUUGGAACACUACGGCAGAUGGUAUCAGGACCGGCCGACGAAGCCGCCCGUGCUCUUCCUCGUUGGCGAGCAGAGGCGGGAUAUCAUUCCAAAGCGCCUCAUGGAUGUGGAUCUGCCAAGUGACCGAAGGAUCCAAGUGGAUGAAGUCGUCGUCUACGGAACUGGCGUAAUGAAAUCUUUCCCACGCGAUUUUGCAGAAAUCCUUAAGACCACCGAGGACCGGCCGGCACGCUGGGUGGUCGUCUUUUCGCCCACAGGUUGCGACAGCAUGCUGCGCGGUCUCGGUUUAAUGGACGAAUCAACGGGCAAGGCAAAGCGGGACGAGGGUGAGGAGCGCAAGACGUUCAUUGCAACCAUUGGUCCGACAACAAGGGAUUAUCUCAGACGCACAUUCGACUUCGAGCCAGACGUCUGUGCCGAGGAACCGACCCCGAAAGGCGUUGAAUCUGGCAUUAUGAAGUUCCUUGAGCGGGACAAGCGGGACAGCCGACGCUCCCAGAAACCAUUGGAGAACGAAUCAACGUAA